UUAUUCGAUGGCGAAUCUGCCUCAGAAUUAAUUGAUAAAUAUGGUAUUCCUGGUAAGUUACUAGGUGAAGGUGCAGGCGGUUCAGUUUCUGUUGUCGAAAGACCUUCUGACGGAAAACUAUUUGCUGUUAAACUAUUUAGACCAAAAAAUCAAAGAGAAUCUAUUAAUGAUUAUAACAAAAAAAUUACAAGCGAGUUUAUGAUUGGUUCAACUUUACAUCAUGAAAAUGUCAUUGAAACUUUUGAUCUAUUAAAAGAAUCAAAAAUUAAAAUCUUGAUUGUUAUGGAAUAUUGCCCCUUUGAUUUUUUUACAAUCGUCAUGAGUGGAUUAAUGGGUAAACACGAAAUCUUUUGUUAUUUCAAACAAAUUCUUGAAGGCGUUAAAUAUUUACAUUCAAUGGGUUUGGCUCAUAGAGAUUUGAAACUCGAUAAUUGUGUUGUCAAUAAAUAUGGUAUAUUGAAAUUAAUCGAUUUUGGUUCUGCAAUAGUAUUCAGAUACCCCUUUGAGGAUGAUAUUGUAAAAUGUAAAGGAAUUGUCGGUUCUGAUCCUUAUUUGGCCCCAGAAGUUUUAACCCAAAGAUAUUAUAAUCCAACUCCAAGUGAUAUCUGGUCUGUUGCAAUUAUUUAUUGUUGUAUGAUCUUAAAACGAUUCCCAUGGAAAUGUCCCCGAUUAACUGAUAGCUCUUUCAAAAAUUUUGCUACAAUGCCUGAUAAUUUUGAUCCAGCUAUUAGAGAUGAGAAUGGAAAUGUUAUUAUUCCCAAAUCAAAGACAAGAGGCCCAUAUAAAUUACUACGUCUUUUGCCACAUGCUUCAAGGGAAUUAAUAGGUAGAAUGUUGGAUUUAAAUCCUGAAACAAGAAUUACCUUGAAAGAAGUUUUUGAAAGUGAAUGGUUAAAUAACAUUGAUCACUGUCAUUGUCUUACAAAAGAUGAUAUAAAAUUUUUGAAAACUUAUUACAAAGGUAAAAAUCAUAGACAUCAUUUAAUAACCGAAGAUGAU